AGCCAGAAAAUUUAUUAACAAUCAACAAUGAAAACAAAUACACAAAGAUUGCUUGCACUGUAUCAGCUGUGAGAGCUCACAGAGCCGCCUUCAACAGAACUAGAACAGCUGACUCCGUUCUGGCGUCGUAGCCCCGCCAUUCGUUUUCUUUCGGCACACCAUGUAAAGUUCUUUCCUCAUGAAUCCGCUUCAUGUUUCUUCCCAAGAUUUCGUCCAUUUUACCUCUACCCCUUGUCAACUUGUGGAUCCUUUCCCCAUCUGUGACUGUGAAAGGGACCUCCUUUGAGUCUCAGAUUUUUUGUUUCUUUAAUGAUGUUACUCUUAUAUUUAGGCCACUCCAUUUGGAACUUAAUGUGGAAUGUGGUACAAAUGCUGAUCUAAACCUAUUUUCUGGUAAAUAGAUUGCCAGUUUGCCUAGUAAUUUCCCACAUAUGACAUCUUUCUGAAACUGAAUUUAUUUUUUGUCAAUUAAAAACAUUUCUUCUUGGAGCAGUUAGGUAGCACAGUGGAUAGAGCACUAGGCCUGGAGUGAGAAGGACCCGGGUUCAAAUUUGACCUUACACACUUCCUAGCAGUGUGACCCUGGGCCAGUCACUUAAUCCCCAUUGCCUAGCCCUUACUGCUCUUCUGCCUUGGAAGCAAUUCAUAGUAUUGAUUCUAAGGUAGAAGGUUAAGAGUUUUAAAAAUUCCUUCUCUCCCUCUUACAUCCACUCCUCUUUAAAGAAAGAAAAACAAAACUCUUAUAACAAAUAUGUUUUGUUAAAAGAAUUUGGCCUAAAAAGAUGUGUCUUAACCUGUACGGAGCCCAUCAUUUCUCCAUCAGGAGGCCACAUGUAACAUUUCCUAGGAGGCAGCACAGGUCUGGAAUCUGAGGACCUGGAUUCAAAUGCUGCCUGGUUUGACUUAGGGCUGGUUACUUACCCUCCCUGGGGGUCAGGUCUCCCUACUUACCAUGGGAGGACUGUGAGGAUCCAGCUAGGUAGCUCCACAGCUGCUUAUGUCUCACUGCCUCCACUUUGCCCAAGACAUGGCCCUUGGGCUCUGACUCCUAAUUUUUGCCUCUUAGACUUUUGCUUCAACUCAGCUCCAGUCACUUCCUGCUUGAGACCUUGAGGCUUGGUGGCCUCUCUCUCUCCUAACCCCCAAAUUAUUUUUUUUAAUUUGGUACAUAUAUUGUAUUUAUUAUCUGUUUUCUUGGCUGUCUUUUUUUGCCUUCUUAUCUCCAGUACUAGCACAGGGCCAGGUACACUGCAAGCAUCUAAUAAGUGCUUGUUGACUUAAGGAGAACCACAGAUUUCCUGGAAGAUGCAAUUUCUAUUUUUUUUAAUUAAAACAAUUUUUUUAAUCAGCAAAAUUCUGACUUUUGUCCCUCCCGUUCCCCACCUUCCCCUGCCCCCUACUUUUCCCUCCAGUUCUCAGAAGAAAUAAGUUCUUGAUCCUUUUCUCCCUGCCAUCAGUUUCUAGAAAUUCCAGAAUCACAUUAAACUCUGAUCUCAUCAUUAACUGGCAAACCAUCUCACCCAAGACUCCAUUGCUUCUGAAUGAUACAGUAUUAUCUAUAUUGUAAUGGCCUGUUACUGUACCUGGGCCCAGAAGCACCCGAGGAAAGCCAUCUUCCUUCCCUCCACAGAGAGGCACGUUCUGUGGGUGUGGGAUAUGGUGCCACCCUCCAGGGACAAAACCUCAAAGUAUUCACUGCUCUUAAUUAAAGGAUAGUUUUUUCUUUUUACACAGAGGUGGAUGUGGGAAAGGGUAAAAACCAAGGGAGGGCACCUACCAAAGGUUAUUUUGUAAAAGGCUGCUGCAUGCUCCUUGAGGGCAGGGACUGCUUUGUUUGUCUUCAUGCCAGUGUUUGGGCAGUACCUGGCUCUUAGUAAAUCCAUCAACUGAUGCCUGCUGAUGGUUUGAUGGUCUGUUUUAGCUUUGUAUCCCUAGUGCCAACUCAGUGCCCUCAUAGAGGAGCCAUUUAAUAAAUACAGCCAGUUACGCCAUAACUCAGCUUACAUACAUAUCUCUAAAAAUCACUUCCCUAUGCAAAAUCGAGGCAAAAAAGCCAAAGGGAUUAUGGGGGGAAAGGGGGUUAAGGGUAGCACACUGAAAACCUUUGAGACACAUAUUAAAAAAAAAUAGAAAAUAAGAAAUGGCAGCACAGUUUUCUACAUGUUAAAUGGCACUUCACCUUGAAAAAGACCUGAAGUUUGCUUGUUGAAGUGGGUUCCAUCCAGAGGGUUGCAGCCUAUGGAUUAUUUUGAAGUGGUUGAAGGAGAGUUUUCGGAUUUCCCGUGGGCAGCUGGAAUACCAGAUGUGGAUGGGGGUAGCUCACUGGCUUCUUGUCUCCUCUGUAGUGGCUUAAAAUAUACGUAUAAUUUCUGCUGUUUUGCCAGCCGCCUCCUUUCGUACUGUAGCCGUCUGUAUGGUUCCAAAUUGGUCCGGACACCUCGAGACACUAUUCUGCUGCGUUCAGCAUUAUAAUCGUUGUCUUCGAGCCACUGCAACUGUUUUUCUAUAACACUUAAAACGUCUGAUAACUGCGAUGUAUCCAGCUGUCGAGGUGCAGCCUUGUGGCCAUCGUCCUCUUCAUCCUCUUCAUCCUCUCCUGGCCCAUCGGCAGCAAGUUGCUGCAUGUCUUCUGUAGUUAGACGGUCAGGGGGGGACUCUAGAAGCUCAUCUACAUCCCUUUUCUUAACCCCCUCAAAUCCAACUUGUUUCGCUAGAUCAACACAGCUUGCUUUGAUUUUUUUUAAUUGCUCAGAAGGUUCAAAUCCUUUAAAAUCAUGGAUCAAGUCCGGGAGCAUUUUCUUCCACACGCGAUGCAAGCACUCUUUGGUUACAUCAUUCCAGGCUUCCACAAUGAUAUCAAUGGCCAUCUUGAUGUUAAAUCUCUUCCAAAAUUCGAUAACAGUUUCUGCAUUUUCUCCUCCAGUCGCUGCAAGUAACAUCUUAAAUGUUCGCCUCAGAUAGUAAGCCUUAAACAGGGCUAUCACCCCUUGCCCUAGGGGCUGGAUAAGGGAAGUGGUUUCCGGAGGCAAAAAGAUGAAUUUGACAUUUGGGUUGAGUUCAGCUAUGGUCAAGGGAUGGCUCGGUGCAUUGUCAAUAAUUAUGAGAAUCUUAAAAGCUAAGUUCUUUUUCUUGCAAUAGUCCUCUAAAACGGGGAAGAAUUCAGCAAAAAUGUCGAUGCAGAUCUGGGCAGUCAUCCAUCCUUUCUUGCUAUACCUAUAGUGGACGCCUAGGCUGGCCUUCACAAUGCCUCUCAAGGCCUGAGGGUUGGCAGAGCGAUAAACCACAACAGGCUUCAGCUUCAGGUCUCCGCUGGCGUUGGCUCCGACCAUGAUGGUCAGGCGGUCCUUGGCUGCCUUGGGGCCUGGGCUGUGCUUCUCAGCCUUAGCGAUGUAGGUCCUCCGAGGCAUGCGCUUGUAAUAAAGGCCCGUUUCAUCGAAGUUGAAGAUCUGGUCCAGUGUGUAGCCCUCGUCCUUGACCAGCUUCUGGAUGAGGGCGGGCAGCUCCUUGGCUGCCUUGAGCUGCGCACUGGCCGCCUCGCCCAGUAGUUGCAGGCUCUGGAAGUUGUAGCGGUGCUUGAAGCCACUAAACCAGCCGCAGCUGGCCCGGAAGGGCGCCACAUCGGCUGGGUUGGGCGCCUUGCGCUUGAGGUCGGCGUAGAUGGACAGCGCUUUGCCCUUGGCUGUCAGGAAAGUGGUGCCAGAGCGCUUGCCCUCCAUCCACAGGCUCAGCAGCCUCUCCAUCUCCUCGAUCUCCUUAGGCCGCGCGCGGAUGGACUUGGCUGCGCUUGUGCCCGUGCCUGUCCGCGAUGUCUCCUUGAUCUUGACGGCGUUGUCGCGGAUGGUGCGCAGCGUGGACUCCUUGAGGCCGGUGGCACGGGAGAUGUCGCAGGUCCUCUCGUUGCCUUCAAAGCGCCUGAUGAUGUCCAGCUUCUCUUUGAUGCUCAGCGCCUUCCUUUUGCCGGUCCCACCGGGCAGCUUGGGGCCCGGGCGCUUGGACAUGCUGGCCUCUGGCAGCCAGACAGCUGUGCCCCAGCGUCCGACCCGACCUCCCAGAGCGCCCCGGGCCGUAAGGGCCCCGAGACGGCUGCCAGCCGGCGGGCGGUCUGCGCCUGCGCGCUGCCGGGAGGAUCCCGGCGGUCGGCUUCCUUGCAGUUUCUCGAGGGCAGAGUGGCACCAGGAUAACACCGACUGCCCGGCACCGGGCUGGGCCAAAGCGUCCCCUAACUUGUGAAGGAAGGUGCAAGAAACUCGCGUUAUAGCAGAACUGACUGUCCCUUUAAAUGGAAUUACAGGGAAGGCGAGGAAUUGAAGAAGCAAUUUGGGGGCUGGGAAUUGUCCGCACAGAGCGCAUGCGCCAGAUGCCCGGCCGGCGAGGGGGCAUAACCAUGAUGAUAUUGGGCAGCAGACUCUCAGUGGGUCAGAUGAUGCCAAGGGCGCUCUUGGUGGCCUUCGUGGCCUUCCUCCUCGUCGUCCACUUGGCAGGUUCCCAGCAAGACUUCACUUCCAGAAAGCAGCAGAAGAGGGAGUCCUCGGGCGAUUUCCUGUCUCAGACAGGGUCCACUGUGCGGGAGACUAUGGAUGCCUGGAUCGGGCGGGAGAUCAUGCACGCUGUGGCCGAGACCUCGUCUCAAGUGCUCUGGGCCAUCUCCUCAGCCAUCUCGGUGGCUUUCUUGGCUCUCUCUGGAAUCUCUGCACAGCUCCUGAACGCCUUGGGGCUGGAGGGUGACCACCUCACCCACGGUUUGAAGCUCAGCCCGGGCCAGGUACAGACCUUCCUGCUGUGGGGAGCAGGGGCCCUUGUCGCCUACUGGGUGCUGGCCCUGUUCCUGGGCUUGCUGUUGGCUCUGCUGGGCCGGAUCCUGUGGGGCCUGAAGCUGUUCAUCUUCCUGGUGGGGUUUGUGGCCGUGGUCAGGUCUGUGCCGGACCCUUCUGUCCGGGCCCUGAUGCUGCUGGGCCUGCUGACCCUGUACGCUCUGCUGAGCCGGCUCACCGGCAGCCGGGCCUCGGGAGUGCAGCUCGAAGCCAAAGUGCGGAGCCUGGAGAGGCAAGUGGAAGAACUCCGCUGGAGGCAGCGCAGAGCCGCCAAGUCCUCCCGGAGUGCCGAGGAGGAGUGAGGGGCUGGGAGCGGGGAGGCCGGGGAGUCACACCAAAGAGCCCAGCGCUCGGGUCAGGGAGCCCCCUCUGCCCUCUCCCCUGCCCUCCUCCCCGUGGAGCCGGGGAGGGCCUGCCUGCGCUCCAUCUCCUGUUUCUGCCCUUGAAAGCACACCACUGCCGUGGCCUUGGCACAGCCCUCCAGACACUCGGGCCAUGGCCGGACCUCUGUGCUGCGGAGCAGGCCCUGCCCCUCCCCCCUCGCCCCCGUCUGUCUCUGUCUGUGCUGUCCCGGGAUGCCAGCCUUUGGUGCCCUCCCGGUGGACCCCGUCCUUGCUUCCCUUUGGGCCUCCUCAGCCAGCAGCCUCCCGGGUCCUGUGCACCACCACACGGUGGGGAGGACGUGAGAGCUGGGCCCCGAGCUCUGGGGAGGUUCCUUUUGGGGCCGGGCCGGGCCGGGUGUCAAAUCUGUGACAAGUGCCUUCAGUCGAGCCCGCGGUGCCUGCUUCUUGCCUGCUGUCGUGUAGGGACGAGUAUUUUGGGGUCCUGAGCCCAGGAGGGAGCAGCCUCCCCAACUCCGGACCCGCUCUAGCCAAAGCAGCCCCAACGGAGCCCAGCAGCCCGAGCCAGCUUCUCCCUCGAACCCCCUGACCCCCCUGGCCGGGCGCCACUGCCAGCCCCAGCGGGCCGCCUGGGACUACCUUCGUCCCGGAGCUCGGCUCCACCGGCGGCCCAGGGGGGCGGGGAAGGGGGACCUCUUUUUACAGACGCUCAUUGGGUUUUCAAUUUCAAAGAAUGCUCGCUAUUUUAUCUCGUUCCAUAUAAAACAUGUUUAAUCCAA